AUGCACCGUCAUCAUCAUCUUGUGGCUACUGCAGCGGCUUCCACUACUGCCUCUACUGCUAUUAAUAACAAGAAAUUCAAAGCUUUUGGCGAAAUAACCAACAUAGUGCAACAACAAAGUAAUAACGUUAGCAAUAGUAACAUCAACGUGGAUUUGACUGCCGGUAAUAGAGUAACUGCUGCCAACAGCAGAAGUUUUAAAUCCAACAACAACGCCAGCAGUAUUAGUAAUAGUAGUAGUAUUGGUAGGAGUCAUUAUGACAUUUAUGAUGAUGAUGACGACGACGACGACAAUGAUAUUCCUUCAACGUUUAAUGAUCUCGACAUCUCCUUUGAAGGACGACGAAUGAGUUCUACGACCAUCUUCGAACAUCAUCAACAGCAGCAGCAGAAACAGCACAUCCCUACAGAGGUGGCCGCCAGGCAGCAUCGUCGAUCCCUAAUCAAUCAACAAAUUGCGUUGUUGGAUGUCUAUUCCUUGCCAGAAUAUAGAGAUGAUAUUCUCACCUAUGGUAAAGAGGCAGAGCAACGGUAUAUGGCAAAGGCCAAUUACAUGGAAAGGCAGUCGGACAUCAAUCACUCGAUGAGGUCCAUCUUAGUGGACUGGCUGGUCGAAGUUGCAGACGAGUACAAACUGAAGAGGGAGACCUUCUUUCUGGCCGUCAAUUAUAUUGAUAGGUUCUUGUCGAUGAUGUCAGUUAUAAGGUGUCGUCUGCAGUUGUUGGGGGCAGCGGCCAUGUUUAUUGCUGCCAAAUACGAAGAGAUCUAUCCGCCCGAUGUAGCCGAGUUUGUCUACAUAACGGACGAUACAUACACCAUGAAACAAGUCCUCCAGAUGGAGCAGGCCAUUCUCAAAACUCUCAACUUCUUGGUGGCAGCCCCCACGCCUAACUACUUCUGCUGCGACCUCCUCGACCGAUUGGGCGCCUACAAGAAGGGGCCCAAUGGCGUCUGUGACGAUGGCGGGAGGUGGAAUUCCCUGGCUAUGUACAUGCUGGAGACGACCACAGUCUUCGGUGACUGUUUCCUGAAGUUCUCGCCGAGUAUGAUCUCAACGAGCUGUGUCGCACUUUCCCACUAUCUCAUCAACAUGACUGGAUGUAUGUCAGAGCUAUCUAGGAUAACAAGCUACACGGUGUUCAGUCUGUCCGAAUGCCUAAACUCCAUCUUCACCACCCUCCACAACAGUCCCAAUGUCCCACAGCAGGCCCUCAGGGUUAAAUAUAAUUCUGAAAAAUACCAUUUUGUAGCAAGCUUGGAACUCCCAGAAACUUUACCACUUGACCUCUUAUAGGAUUGAGUGAACGAAUGGAUGAAUGAAUGAAAGAAUGAAUGAAUAGAACGAAACUAACAAAAAGACUUGAAUGUAAAAAUAUAUGAAUGAUAUGAUGAAUUUCGACGUCUUCAACGUUGAAUAUGGUUUAUUAUCGUUACAUGUAAUAUUUUAUUUAGCAUGCAAUUUUUAAUUAUUUAAAAAUUUUUUGCUAGCAAUUAAUAUGCUAUUGGUUGAUUGAUUAGUUGAUUGAUUGACUGAUUGAUUGACUGAUUGAUUGAUUGAUUGAUUGAUUGAUAAGUUAUUUAACCAUUGUAAUAAAUAAAUUAAUUAAUUAAUUAAUUAAUAACAUUACAUUUACAAAUCCUUCUCUAUCUGUCUAUUUUUAGUUUACCGUCAUCAGGGUCAGUCACCUCAUUGCAUUAAUGUAACUUUUGGGGCUAAAGAUUGCAAAUAAAUUAUGUAAUUAAUUAUGUAAUUAGCUAGUGUCUUCUUGUGUUAUCGUUAAUUUAGUUGGCUGAUAGUGUUGAUGUAAUAUGUUAAUGGAUUGUGGAGUUCUAUUGAUCUCUUGGACCAUAGAAUUGCACAUGUCAGUGUGAUGAUGUGUGCUUAGGUGGUGACAUUAAUGCAGUUUACAAUGUUAAUGUCAUUUGGUACGUUAGCUAGUGCGUGGUUUUGAUGUAAUUUAUUUGCAAGGGUUGUAUUUAGGAUAAGUUAUAAUGUAAUGAAUAUCUUAUAAUCUGAUAGGAUUUCAUGUUUUAUGAUUGGCUGGUAGAUUGAGUGACUGACUGACUGAUUGAUUGAUUGAUUACGGAUUAAUAGAUAGAUACUUUAAUUGUCUGGUUGAAACAGUUUCGAAAAAUUUAUUCCUCACUUAAAAAUUCUACCAAUAAACCGUUUUCUAAAUGGAAUCUGGUCAGAUUUAAUUAGCUCCUCAACGCUUUUAUUGUUAUCACAUUUUUUGGUAGGUUUGUUAUUAUUUCUUAUUAUUAUUAUUAUUAUUGCCUCCUAAAAAAAAACCUCCUAUUGUCUAGGUAGUUUUCUAUAUAUACAUAUUCGUGUUUGUAUGUAUUGUAUAUGUAUCUUCACGUACAUACAAUACAGAUUACAUGCAAAUACACGAAUAUAUAUUAUGUAUAUAUAUAUAUAUAUGUGUGUGUGUGUGUAUGUAAUGCUAUAAGGACGAUGUUUUAUUGAUUUUAUUAUUAUUUAGUUUAUAGACGGCCAGAUUUAACCACCGCGAGAACAGUUUCAUAUUGUAGAUUCUUACCAGAUAUAACUUGACAAUAAUUAUUAUUAAUUAUUUUUAUUUAUUAUUAUUUUUUCAUGGUGCUUACUCUCCCUCAUAGCUUUUUAUUGACAGACAGUUCUCUUGUUAUGAUAUAAUUUGUCUCAGGAUUGUUUCUAUGUGUUUUUUGUCAGUAUUGAUUGUGUGUAUGUGUGUGUAAAAAUUCUUCUUAGGAAAUUACAUGUAAAUUGUUACUGU